AUGACUCCUGUGAGUCUCGAAGUGACCGGUUCUCCGGUGUUUAUGAAACAUCGGAUUAUCCCACUUGGACUUCGUGAGCCCGUAAAAAAGGCGUUAGAUGAAAUGAGGAAUUACAUCCCCGUUCAAAUGUCGAAAACAGUACAGAAGAACCCAGAAGACCUGAACGAUUACUCCUCGAAGCCCGCCCUGAUUACAGAAGAACGGAGCUUCAUUCAAGCUGCGGCGGAUGUGGUGAUUGCUCAUGAACUAUGA